AUGAUGAUGAAACUACGUAUCGAAAUUCCCCAAGACGAUGACCCCUCGUCAGAAACCUUCGACAGCUCAGGCAGUGGUUCUCUAAUCGAUUCCCAUUCCUCCGAAAUUGACGGAUCAUAUGCCGAAGUUUCGAAAAUCGUCGCAUCUUCCAACGCCCAUGGCAGAAGUCAUGCGGACUGGCACGUGCGCACGGCGAGCGGGUCCCUCACGUGGAUGCCGCCGUCGCCGAUCGCCGUUAAGAGCCCACACGCUAACGCGAUAAAAAAAAUGGCGGCGAUGGCGGACGGACGCGCUAGGGCGAUGGAAUCCGCAUGGGCAGAGGCGGAGGAGGAGGCGGAAACCGUUCUGGCGGCGGCCGCCGCUGCUGUUGCUCUUCCAGGCGAUUCGUCCGAGUCGUCGCCGUCGCGUUCACACGCCAAACCAACGAGCCUGUUCGGCCUUAAGGCGCCGUCAUUCCCGCUAACGAAGCCAUAUAGGAUCACACGCACCAGCAGCGGAAUUAGCGGCGCGGGAGGCGGAGAAUCUCCUAACUCAGUGACGCGCACGUGGUCGAUCUCCUCGCUGCCGUCGAUCUGGCGCAAGUCGCCACGCGGCUCGCCGCCGAAGGGGUCUGCAAGUUCGGACUUGAUAGGUCAUGAUGAGAUUAGCCCUGUUGCUCUCGCCGGCGGCGUCGAGCACCAAUCAUCGUGUCGCAUCGUGAGAAGAACAGAUCGUGUGGCAUUCGCACGAGAAGAUGAGACGGCCACGCAGUCCUGCUUGCGUCAGCCGCGGCAGUCGCAGCAGCGCAGAGUGCGGCGGCUUUCGCGGAGCCUGACAUCGGACGGCGCGCUGUUGGCGAGCUUCGACGCUGACGAGAAGCCGCCGUUAAACAACGAACGAACCAUGGCGGCGAGACGUGCUCCCGAGGCGUCGCCGGCGAAACCAGAUCCAAUUCGCAAUCCGCAUCGCGGCGGAUUCCGCGCGCUCGUGCGCACCGCGUCCGCGCCUGUCUCCGCCCGCGCGCCGUCUUCCCUCCCCCGCAUAGCAGGCCGUGAUGAGCAAUGCGAGAUGGGCGGAUAUCCGAACGAGGCGGAGAGGCAGGGCGCGCGAAGCUGUGCGGUAGCGCCGGUGGUGGAAGAGGAAGAGGAGGAGGAUAACGACGAGAUUCCUGUUGUGCUCGCAGCGACAGCAACGGGCAUCGGCAGCUUCGAGUCGCGACAUGAUCGAGGAGCGAAGGACGGCGGCUGUCUGCCGCACGCAUGGGCGCACAUGCCCGCGCGGCCCGCCUUCAUGCACGCCGCACACGGCGCGUGCCGCCAGCGGCAUUCGCCACGUCAUCCCCCUUCGUUACAGUCACCACCUGUUGAGUCACAUGCACCGCAGCAGCGACAGGCGUCGUCGCAAAUUCGGCGACAGCAGCAGCAGGCGCGAGCCCGCCUCCCUCCGUCUCCUUCACCCUCCCCUUCGCCCUCCCCAACCACUGCUGUGCCUGCGCCGUCAUCUCACCUGCCUCGCCCAGCUGCCCCGCCAGCAGCGCAGCGCGGCAGCCAAUGCAUGGCGCCGCGCGCUUCUGCCUCGCAUCCCCUCGGCGCCUCCCUCCCGCUUCACCAUGCGCCGCCCCGCGUGCUCAUCCCCCGGCUUGCCUCCUCUCCCUCCGCCUACUCCCCACACGCGCAUUCCCCGUCCCCCGCGCCCCUCACGCCCCCCACACCCGUCACGCCUGGCACGCCCCUCACGCCCCCCUGCCUGCGCUCCUCUGCUACCGCGCCAACCAUGCGCCCGCGCUCGUGCCUGCGCUCCUCCUCCUCCUCCGCGCCCCCCUCCUCCACACGUAGCCACCAGGCUCGGCGCGUGGCCUUCAGCCCCGUGGUUCGGGUCCGAACCUACUCGCUCUCGGACCACGAUUGGCCGGCACCGCUCUCACCUGCCUGUCACGAUGCUCCCUCCCUCUCUGGUGGGGAUGCCCCAGGAAUGGAUUCCCCCUGCAAGCCUGUUGACACCGCCACGCCUUCGCAAUAA